UGGCUUUUUGUAAAGAAAAAAACAAAACAAAAAAACAGAUCACCUUAUAGAAGCACGAGUAAUUUCUCCUGUAUUAUUUUCCUCCUCUCGCCGCUUCACUCCAGUCCAGCGGGAGGCGCUAAAACACACGAUCGUUUGUCAAACACCAUUAAACCUCAGAGGAAGAAGUUCAGUUUCACGCGCUCUCUGUUGUUUUGUUGUGAUGCUGGCUUAGUAAAAACGUCGUGACUAAGUGUUGAAGCAGGAAUAUCUGGAGGAGUAUCAGCUGAACUGAGAUCUGCUGUGAAGAUGGUGUUUGUUAAAGAAGAGAGUGAGGAGAACAUGAUUGAACCAGAAACCUGCAGAAUAAAACAUGAGGAACCAGAAACAUGGAGAAUAAAACACGAGGAACCAGAAACCUGCAGAAUAAAACACGAGGAACCAGAAACAUGGAGAAUAAAACACGAGGAACCAGAAACCUGCAGAAUAAAACAGGAGGAACCAGAAACAUGGAAAAUAAAACAGGAGGAACAAGGAGGUUGUGCGGAACCUUUGGUCCAUCAGUGAGGACAUGUCCAAGAGUUCAUCCUUCACAGGGUCGCUGUAUUUGUCGUCAAGGCCUGAUGAAAGUGAAAGAAGAAAGACAAGAUCUGAAUGAGGAGGAGAAGAAACAUCAGUGUCAGAAAGAUCAUGAUGUCAAUGCUGGAGAAAAAUCAGUGAGUUGCAGCAUUCAAAUAACAGACGUCAAAAAGCCUUUCAGCUGCUCUCAGUGCAGAAACACUUACAAACAGAAAAGAAGCCUUAUGAAACACAUGAGAAUUCAUAGAGGGGAAAAGCCUUUCAGCUGCUCUCAGUGCGGAAACACUUUCACGUGUAACAAAAACCUUAAGAAUCACAUGUUAAUUCAUGCUGGAAUAAAGCCUUUUACCUGCUCUCAGUGUGGAAAGAGGUUUACCAGGAAAAGUCAACUUAAGGAUCAUUUGCAUAUUCACUCUCCAGAAAAGCCUUUCAGCUGCUCUCUGUGUGGAAACUCUUUCACACGUAAAACAAACCUUAAAACUCACAUGUUAAUUCAUACUGGGAUAAAAUCUUUCAUCUGCUCUCAGUGUGGAAAGAGUUUUACACAGAAAGGACACCUUAAGGAUCAUUUGGUAACUCACUCUUCAGGAAAGCCUUUCAGCUGCUCUCAGUGUGGAAACACUUUCACACGUAAAGCAGACCUUAAGAAGCACAUGUUAAUUCAUACUGGGAUAAAGCCUUUCAGCUGCUCUCAGUGUGGAAAGAGUUUUAGAGAGAAAGGAAUCCUUAGGAAACACACGAGAACUCAUAGUGGGGAAAAGCCUUAUCGCUGUUUUCAGUGAGGGAACACUUUCACGUGUAAUGAAAACCUUAAGAAUCACAUGUUAAUUCAUACUAGAAUAAAGCCUUUCAGCUCCUUUCAGUGUGGAUUGAGUUUACAUUUAUGUUUACAUUCACAUUUAUUCAUUUUAUCCAAAGUGAUUUACAAUUGGGGAAUACAUCAAGUAGUUCAACUCAAAGAGGUAAACAGACACAGAAAGUGCUCGUAAAACCAAAUUUCAUUGUGCAAAUAAAUACAAGCCGCAACUGGUAGCCAGUGCAAGAAGAUAAAGAGAGGUGUAGACUCGUUGAAGACCAGUCGCGCAGCUGCAUUCUGAAUCAUUUGUAGAGGUUUGAUGGAAGUCCAGCCAGAAGAGCAUUGAAGUAGUCCAGUUUUCACAUGUAAACGAGGAUUUAAUCAUCACAUGAGGAUUCACACUAAAGAGCUGCCUCACCAGAAAAUUCACACAAAUUAAAAGACUCCCCAUCUGUCCUGUUUGUGGCAGGAUAUUUCUAUUGGUUUUAAAAGCGUGGAAAAUUGUACUGUGUAGGGAUGGAUAUUGUUAAGGUUUUAAAGGCAUUACUGUUCUUACUGCUGAUCUAUUUAGUAUUUUUAUCGGUUGUUUUUGUUAUUUGGCUCAAUUCUCAGGAUGUGAACUUUUUCUCUCAAAGCUAUAAAACUAUGUAAUAUGUACAAGCUCUCUGAACAAUUAGUUUCUUGUUCUGUUUACAUGUAACACACCGAUACACAAAUAAAUCUACUGUAUGAAUUAAAAUGUGCAUAUUCUUUUUCUGUGUACUAUAAUAUAGACUUUUCCCAGUAAACUUUUACCUACCGUUGAAAUCAACCUGUGAACACACAUGUGGGGCCCAAAUUGGUUGCACCUAGGGCCUGGUCAAUUUUGUCCCAUAAAACAACAUGUCAUCUGCUGAGAAUCUUUUAAUUGCUGGCAAUUCUAUUUAAUUGUUCAAAAAACAUGCUGAAACAAUGAAUCAAACACAUCAGGGUUAUGUUUAGUGGUAUCAAGGCAAUCCCCUUCAUUUCAAUGGAGAGCCAGCGAUUCAGGCGUGUCCAGUGCCUGUAAUGGAGGAAAUGUUAGUAGAGCUAUGACAACAAUACUCUUGCAUUUAUGAUGUUUCCUUGAGGGACUACUGCAACAG